AUGGCCGACCGCAUCGAAUCACUCCUCUCCCUCGCAGGUCUCGGUUCGGACCGGGAUGCGACGACCACCUCUACCUCCAUGGCGAGGUCGACCUCUGCGGCCUUGGCUAGCGUCAGUAGUCGGACGUCGAUUUCCCCGGUGACGAGUCUGCCAGCUAUUAGUACAAGUACUACUUUGGGGAGAAGCACUAUCGGGCCUGUUCAGGCGACGACUGUGAGGAGUACCAGCUCGGUGAUCACGACGACCGUUGCACGAUCCACCUCUUCUGUCAUCUCUACUACCUCUGCCAGAUCGACGACCUCUGUGCGAUCUACCAGUGCCUCGAGCAGCAGCAGUGCGCGAAGCGUCUCCGUGACGACACUCACAUCGACUUCCUCGGUCAUGCCUUCGUCGACCUCGUCUUCGUCUUCUUCGAUCAUCAGGACGAGCUCGGAUAGCGUAGGAGUUCCGCCGGCGAGCGCUACCGCCAGUGCCGGUGCGGAGGACGGAUUCAAGAUGAGCGGUGGAAUCGUCGCUGCGAUCGUUAUCGCCUCCCUCUUGGCACUCCUUGCACUCCUCCUGGUCGGAUACAGGUACUAUCGCCGCCGAUCGAGAGCCAACUCGCGACGUAUCUCCGGACUCAGCGCCUGGGCCGGACAGAGGCAGAGUCAAGCUGGAGGUGGAGGUUGGGAUUCAGGAGAGGAUCGAUGGGGGAAACAGGAAGAGGGGGUUGGUAAAUGGGAGGGUGGAGAGAAGGAGAGGGUCUCGCCAUUCCCGAUCAACGCCGGUGGACAGCCGUCAUUGGGAUACGAACAGAGCUUCGAGCAGCCAGCAAACGGAUACCCUCAUGCCGGAUAUCCUCCUGCCCAACCUCAAUACGCGCCUCAACAAGCUUACGACAACUACAACGCACCUCAAGCGUAUCACCAGGCCCCCAGCGCUGUGCCCUACCACGAGAUCAACAAGAACCUCCCUCUCCCGCCUCAGCCGGUCGGGAUGGGUCAGCCUGAAACUCAGCUGGGGUGGAUGCCGGGGACGCCUCACACCUUUGGCUCAUUUGCCAGUAACGACGGCGUGAAACCCAGCUCCGUGUCUCAUCGUGACGACCCCCUCGCUGCGGCGCGUGCGACCGGGUUACAUGACGGCGCCGAAGUCGUCGUGAAACAAGGCUUCAUUCGGAGCUUGGACGACGAGCUGGUCAUCACCGUCGGCGAAAAGCUCGUCCUCGUACAGGCUUACGAUGACGGAUGGUCUCUUUGCGAAAAGGUCAAUGCCGGACACGAAGGGAUGGUCGAACGCGGUGUCGUCCCCUUGAACUGCCUGGAGGCGUUCUCGGGCGCUUCGGUCGCAGAGGAAAGCGUGAGCAUGCCCCAGCCGGCCAUGGUCGGGCAUAUCGGAAAGCCCGAGAUGGAGCAGCUCGACGGCAGGUCGAGCCCCAUCAAAUCCCCUGCGGGGCAAGAGUUUUUGGCCAUGCCCAGUCCUUCCAAGGCGGGCAAGAUGACGAGGUGGGUGAUCACCGAGUAG